UCAUGUUUCUCGGUUCAUUGAAUUCCACUCCCCUUCUCUCUGUCCUCCUCUCCCCGACUUUAGAUAUAAACCCCUCGUUCCCUUCUCCUGUAACCGCGUUCCCUUCUUCUCUCCUUUCCUCUUCCUCUAAUUCUAGUAAAAACAAUGGGAAACCUCUCUCUCGUUCUCUUCUUCUCUGCCCUCCUCCACUUCUCCCCCUUCUCCUCCGCCGUCUUGAUCCCCGACGACCUCCGCCUCCCCUCGUCGGCGACCUUCCCCUCCGCCCAAGCCGAGAAGCUCAUCCGAUCCCUCAAUCUCCUCCCCAAGGACCCCUCCCCUGAGUCCGUCGCUUCCGCCGCCGAUGCACCGGCGAAGGGGAUCGUCGAGCGCCGGUUCAACCUCGCCGGACUCUCCGGCGAUGACCUCGGUCACCAUGCCGGCUACUAUCGCCUCCCCCACAGCCACGACGCCCGGAUGUUCUACCUGUUCUUUGAGUCGAGGCACAGCAAGAAGGACCCGGUUGUUAUUUGGUUGACGGGAGGGCCCGGCUGCAGCAGUGAAUUGGCCGUUUUCUAUGAAAAUGGGCCGUUUACUAUUGCUGACAAUAUGUCGCUCGCAUGGAAUGAAUUUGGUUGGGACCAGGCAUCAAACCUUUUAUAUGUUGAUCAGCCUACCGGAACUGGUUUUAGCUAUAGUACAGAUAGCCGUGACAUUCGUCAUGAUGAAAGCGGUGUUAGCGAUGACCUGUAUGAUUUUCUGCAGGCCUUUUUUGCUGAGCACCCGGAAUAUGCAAAUAAUGAUUUUUACAUAACUGGAGAAUCAUAUGCUGGGCACUACAUUCCAGCUUUUGCAAGCAGGGUUCACCAAGGAAACAAAGCGAAAGAGGGCAUUCACAUACAUUUGAAGGGCUUUGCCAUUGGCAAUGGACUUACUGAUCCAGCAAUCCAGUAUAAAGCAUACACUGAUUAUGCAUUGGAUAAUGGAAUAAUCAAAGAAUCAGACUACAAAAGAAUCAACAAGUAUUAUCCAACAUGUGAAUAUGCCAUCAAACUUUGCGGUACAUCAGGGACGGUAUCUUGCCUAGCCUCCUAUUUGGUUUGCAAUACCAUAUUCAAUUCAAUCAUGAAAAUAGCAGGAAAUACAAAUUAUUAUGACAUUAGGAAGCAGUGCGAAGGGAGCCUCUGCUAUGAUUUUUCAAACAUGGAAAAGUUCCUUAACCUGAAGUCUGUUAGAGAGUCCCUUGGAGUUGGAGAUAUUGAAUUUGUUUCUUGCAGCCCAACUGUGUACCAGGCCAUGCUUACGGAUUGGAUGAGAAAUUUGGAAGUGGGAAUUCCUGCUCUUCUUGAGGAUGGCAUCAAGCUGCUUGUUUAUGCUGGGGAGUAUGAUCUCAUAUGCAACUGGCUCGGUAACUCGAGAUGGGUUCACUCCAUGGAGUGGUCUGGCCAGCCAAAUUUUGUGUCGUCACCAGAACAAUCGUUUACCGUGGACGGUAAAGAAGCAGGUGUUUUGAAGAGUCAUGGGCCUCUCAGUUUCCUGAAGGUUCAUGAUGCAGGUCACAUGGUCCCAAUGGAUCAACCUAAGGCUGCUCUGGAGAUGUUGAAGAGGUGGAUUCAAGGGAAUCUUCUGGAACUUGCUGAAAUGUAAUUAGUAAAUACAACUUGGGCCUCUUCAUGUGGAUUGUGGAAAUUGAAGCAACAAUAAUAAUAUCUUCUUUUUUUUUUGGGUGACUAAAUAACAGUAAUGUCUUUGCAUGCAAUUUCUUGCUGCAUAGUAACCGAGCGAAAAGCUUUCUAUUACCUAGUACAAGCAUCAAAGAUAACAUAUAUUUGUUAA